ACAGGUUUCUGAAUGUAGUUAGCUGUGUCUGGGAAAAUGUAUGGUAUUUGCAGUAGACAAAAUACACGUAUGCAAGGAAGUGCACACAACAGGCGCUGGAUGUAGUUGUCUGUGUCUGGAAAAUGUAUGCUAUUUUCAGGAGACAAAAGACAGAUCAGCACAUCCUGAUCAGAGGUCUGUCAUGAAUUCCCCCGAGGAGAGGCACAUUGUAGGACCCCUUGUACACAGUUAAUUUGAAAUGCAAAUCUAACUCAACGGGUGUUGUCAUCAUCAACCAACAUGUCGUUCUGCCCCUGAACAGGCAGUUAACCCACUGUUCCUAGGCUGUCAUUGAAAAUAAGAAUUUGUUCUUAACUGACUUUCCUGGUAAAAUAAAAAUAUGCUAAGUGUAACUGCCACUACUGGUAAUAAUCACAACUCUAACCCAAUCAACCACACACACUUAUAGCACAUAAAGUAAGCAGUUUGUCUUUAUGACAGACUUUUAAGUCACAGGCAAAGUUUUGUUGCUCUCGGAAGAAAAACCUCAAUUUGUCAGUUAAGUUUUUUGUUACAUUGAAUGUUUUUGGUAACUAUCCACAACUCUAGGAUCUCAAUGUUAAAAUAGGGACCUUUUUUUUUUCUUCCAUUUCCUGGUUUCAGUUUUGGUGGUUUUCUUCCGACAGCAAGGAGGAUGCAAGCUGGGUUGCACCUUUGCACUACUAGCAAAACUUAAUUAUGUACCAACAGUGAAUUACAGGCAUAAAGUAAAUAAGGCUACAAAGCACCAAGACUUUAUUUUGCACAACCCCCUAUCAGCGUAGAUCAGCUUCAACUGUCUAAGAAGUUGUAUUUCUGUUAAGCUUGAAAUUAAUGUUCUAUUGCACUACAAGUGUUGCAAAUAGUGCUGUUUUUUAAAAGUCCAGUGUGGGGUACACUGUGCCAAAAUGAGUCUCUCUGGGGAGUAUGAGGAGGGAAGCACUCCCUCUAGUAUCUGUGAAGAUACUGAAGAAGAAGCCACUGCUUCUGGAAUGAGUUUCUCGGGGACUGAGGGAGCAAUGUCCCCUAAACUACGUUUUCCUGCCGAACAGGACACUGACAGGGAGCUUAAGAGGUUCAAGACAGACCGACCAGUCUCACCUGUACCUAGUGGUAUCUCCAUGAAGAGUGGUCAGUCGAUGGGACUUCCUAUUUUCUUCAAGGAGGGAGAAUUAUCCACUGGGCAAAGCAGUAUCUCUGAGGAGAAUGACCAGUCAAUGGAUCACCAACCCAGAGUCCCUACUGAUGACAGAGUGUACCCAACAGAAGUCCAGGAUAAAAUUAAACCCUACUUGAAGAAUAGGACAUAUUCUUUAUUUGAGGGCAUUGAAGAUCAAGGAAAAACGACACCUCUUAACAACAUCUACACAGAGCUCUACAUCACACAAGCUGGAAGUGGAGAGGUUAAUAAUCAGAAUGAGGUGAGACAGAUUGAGACAGCAUGCAGUUGUCAAGUAGAACACGAGACAUCAAUCCAACUCAAUGACAUCUUCAAACCCUUACCUGGACAAGACAAGCUUAUCAGAACAGUGCUGACAAGGGGAGUUGCUGGCAUUGGAAAAACAGUGUCUGUGCUGAAGUUCAUGUUGGACUGGGCUGAAGGAAAAGCAAAUCAAGACAUCCAGAUCAUCUUUCCACUUCCUUUUCGGGAUCUGAACUUGAUGAGAGAUAAAAAUCUAAGUCUGAUGGAACUACUUCAUCACUCCUUUAUAGAAACAAAACAAUCAGAAAUCUCAGAAAACAAAAAUAUUGUGUUUGUUUUUGAUGGUCUGGAUGAAUGUCGCCUUCCUCUGGACUUCCAGAAUAAUAAGAUCUGCUGUGAUGUCACAGAGUCAACUUCAGUGGAAGUUCUGCUGACAAACCUCAUUAAAGGGAAUCUGCUUCCCUCUGCUCACAUUUGGAUAACCACCCGACCUGCAGCAGCCAAUCAGAUCCCUCCUGAGUGUGUUGACCAGGUGACAGAGGUACGAGGGUUCAAUGACCCACAGAAGGAGGAGUACUUCAGGAAGAGAAUCGGUGAGGAGGACCUGGCCAGCAGAAUCAUCUCACACAUAAAGACAUCAAGGAGCCUCCACAUCAUGUGCCACAUUCCUGUGUUCUGUUGGAUUUCAGCCACUGUCCUAGAGAGACUAUUGGUUGAAGCAGAGAGUCGAGAGAUCCCCAAGAAUCUGACUCAAAUGUACACUCACCUCAUGAUCUUCCAGUCAAAACUGAGGACUCAGAAAUAUCCUGUAGAGCAUGCCAACGAUUCUCACUGGGAUAAAGAGAUGAUUCAGGCACUGGGAAAAUUGGCUUUUCAACAGCUAGAAAAAGGCCAUCUGAUAUUCUAUGAGGAAGACCUGAGAGAGUGUGGCAUUGACAUCAAGGAUGCGUCUGUGUACUCUGGAGUGUGCACUCAGAUCUUCAGAGAAGAGUCUGGGCUUAACCAGAUGAAGGUGUACUGCUUUGUACAUCUGAGUAUCCAGGAGUUUCUGGCUGCACUAUAUGUGUUCCUCAUGUUCACUAACAACAACAACAAUCUGAUGGCUAAAGAGAGAUCCCUCCGCAACAAAAACAGUCUAUAUGAAGAUGCAGUGGACAAGGCCUUGCAGUUUGAAAAUGGCCAUCUGGACCUUUUCCUCCGCUUCCUUCUAGGCCUUUCUCAUGAGUCCAAUCAGCAUCUCCUACAAGGCCUACUGACACCAACAGGAAGCAGAUCACAGAGCAACAAGGAAACAGUCAAGUACAUCAAGGAGAAGAUCAGGAAGAACCUCCCCCUGGAGAGGUGUAUCAAUCUGUUCCACUGUCUGAAUGAACUGAAUGAUCAUUCUCUAGAGGAGGAGAUCCAAAGCUACCUGAGAUCAGGAAGUCUAUCAAAAUCUAAACUCUCAUCUGGACAGUGGUCUGCUCUGGUCUUCAUGUUGCUGACCUCCGAGAAGCUGGAUGUGUUUGACCUGAAGAAAUACAUCAGAUCAGAUGCGGCUCUUCUCAAACUUCUCCCAGUUGUCAGCUCCUCUAGAACAGCCCUGCUGAACGAAUGUAAACUCACCAAGAAAAGCAUUGAGGCACUGGCUUCUGUUCUCAAAUCAAACUCAUGCUGUCUGAGAGUGCUGGACAUGAGUGGAAAUAAACUCCAGGAUUCAGGAGUGAAGCUGCUCUCUGCUGGACUGGAGGAUACACACUGUAAACUGGAGACAUUGAAGUUGAAUGAUUGCAACCUAACUGAGAAAUCCUGUGAGGUGCUGGCUUCAACUCUCAGCUCAAACACCUCAAGUUUGAGAGAGCUAGACCUGGGAGGAAAUGAACUCCAGGAUUCAGGAGUGAGAUUCAUCUGUGCUGGACUUGAGAAUCCACAAUGUAAAUUGGAGACACUGAGACUGGCAGGCUGCAGCAUCACAGAGGAAGGCUGUGCUUCUCUGGCUUCAGCUCUGAGGUCAAACCCCUCCCACCUGAAGGAGCUGGACCUGAGUGGAAAUACUCCAGGAGUCUCUGGAGUAAAGCUGCUCUCUUCUGUACAAGAGGAUCCCCUCUAUUCACUGGAGAGACUGCGAAUGCUGGCUUCAACUCUCAGCUCAAACACCUCAAGUUUGAGAGAGCUUGACCUGAGAGGAAAUAAACUCCAGGAUUCAGGAGUGAGAUUCAUCUGUGCUGGAUUUGAGAAUCCACAGUGUAAAUUGGAGACACUGAGUUGCUCUCUGUGCUCAUUUCUACCCAGCAGUAUCUCUGAGGAGAUUGACCAGUCAAUGGAUCACCAACCCAGAGUCCCUACUGAUGACAAAGUGUACAACACUGUUUCCACUAAGACAGAAAUCCAGGUGAAAAUGAAAUCCUACUUGAAGAAUAGGGCAGAUUCUUUAUUUGAAGGCAUUGAGGAACAAGCCAAAAAAACACCUCUUAACAACAUCUACACAGAGCUCUACAUCACACAAGCUGGAAGUGGAGAGGUCAAUUAUGAACAUGAGGUGAGACAGAUUGAGACAGCAUGCAGGUUUCCAGUAGAACACGAGACAUCAAUCCAACUCAAUGACAUCUUCAAACCCUUACCUGGACAAGACAAGCCUAUCAGAACAGUGCUGACAAGGGGAGUUGCUGGCAUUGGAAAAACAGUGUCUGUGCUGAAGUUCAUGUUGGACUGGGCUGAAGGAAAAGCAAAUCAAGACAUCCAGAUCAUCUUUCCACUUCCUUUUCGGGAUCUGAACUUGAUGAGAGAUACAAAUCAAAGUCUGAUAGAACUACUUCAUCACUCCUUUAUAGAAACAAAAGUAUCAGAAAUCUCAGAAAACAAAAAUAUUGUGUUUGUUUUUGAUGGUCUGGAUGAAUGUCGCCUUCCUCUGGACUUCCAGAAUAAUAAGAUCUGCUGUGAUGUCACAGAGUCAACUUCAGUGGAUGUUCUUCUGACAAACCUCAUCGAAGGGAAUCUGCUUCCCUCUGCUCACAUUUGGAUAACCACCCGACCCACAGCAGCCAAUCAGAUCCCACCUGAGUGUGUUGACCAGGUGACAGAGGUACGAGGGUUCAAUGACCUACAGAAGGAGGAGUACUUCAGGAAGAGAAUCGGUGAGGAGGACCUGGCCAGCAGAAUCAUCUCACACAUAAAGACAUCAAGGAGCCUCCACAUCAUGUGCUACAUUCCAGUGUUCUGUAGGAUUUCAGCCACUGUCCUAGAGAGACUAUUGGUUGAAGCAGAGAGUCAAGAGAUCCCCAAGAAUCUGACUCAAAUGUACGCUCACCUCAUGAUCUUCCAGUCAAAACUGAGGACUCAGAAAUAUCCUGUAGAGCAUGCCAACGAUUCUCACUGGGAUAAAGAGAUGAUUCAGGCACUGGGAAAAUUGGCUUUUCAACAGCUAGAAAAAGGCAAUCUGAUAUUCUAUGAGGAAGACCUGAGAGAGUGUGGCAUUGACAUCAAGGAUGCGUCUGUGUACUCUGGAGUGUGCACUCAGAUCUUCAGAGAAGAGUCUGGGCUUAACCAGAUGAAGGUGUACUGCUUUGUACAUCUGAGUAUCCAGGAGUUUCUGGCUGCACUAUAUGUGUUCCUCAUGUUCACUAACAACAACAACAAUCUGAUGGCUAAAGAGAGAUCCCUCCGCAAAAACAAACUAUACCAAGAUGCAGUGGACAAGGCCUUGCAGUUUGAAAAUGGCCAUCUGGACCUUUUCCUCCGCUUCCUUCUAGGCCUUUCACAUGAGUCCAAUCAGCAUCUCCUACAAGGCCUACUGACACAGACAGGAAGCAGAUCACAGAGCAACAAGAAAACAGUCAAGUACAUCAAGGAGAAGAUCAGAAAGAACCUCCCCCUGGAGAGGUGUAUCAAUCUGUUCCACUGUCUGAAUGAACUGAAUGAUCAUUCUCUAGAGGAGGAGAUCCAAAGCUACCUGAGAUCAGGAAGUCUCUCAAAAUCUAAACUCUCAUCUGGACAGUGGUCAGCUCUGGUCUUCAUGUUGCUGACCUCCGAGAAGCUGGAUGUGUUUGACCUGAAGAAAUACAUCAGAUCAGAUGAUGCUCUUCUCAAACUUCUCCCAGUUGUCAGAUCCUCUAGAACAGCCCUGCUGAACAAAUGUAAACUUACCAAGAAAAGCUGUGAUGCACUGGCUUCUGUUCUCAAAUCAAACUCACGCUGUCUGAGAGUGCUGGACAUGAGUGGCAAUAAACUCCAGGAUUCAGGAGUGAAGCUGCUCUCUGCUGGACUGGAGGAUCCACACUGUAAACUGGAGACAUUGAAGCUGGCAGGCUGCAGCAUCACAGGGAAAGGCUGUGCUUCUCUUGCUUCAGCUCUGAGGUCAAACCCCUCCCACCUGAAGGAGCUGGACCUGAGUGGAAAUACUCCAGGAGACUCUGGAGUAAAGCUGCUCUCUUCUGUACAAGAGGAUCCCCUCUAUACACUGGAGAGACUGCGGUUAAAUGAUUGACAGCUCACAGAUUCAGUGAAGGAAUGGCCUCAACUCAAAAUCCUUGGUUGUGGUAGUGCGCCGCAGUUACACGUUUUUCCAACAGUUACUAAAUUCAUUUCAAAGUGCGUGAAUGUAAAUAUUUAAUGUGUUGAAUCAAUGAUAAUAGCUCCUUGAAUCUCUCAAUCAAUCAGAGAGCUCUGGCGAUGUGGUGCCAGGAAAAUAACCUCAACAAACACGUCACCGGGGACAUACUGCCUGCCCUCCAGGACAUCUACAGCACCCGGUGUCACAGGAAGGCCAAGAAGAUCAUCAAGGAUCUCAGCCACCCGAGCCACGACCUGUUCACCUCGCUACCAUGUAGAAGGCGGAGUCAGUACAGGUGCAUCAAAACCGGGACAGAGAGACAGGACAGCUUUUAUCUCCAGGCCAUCAGACUGUUAAUUAGGGGGGAGGGGUGGGUGGUUGGAGGGGUGUGGCUGAAGAAACGGGAUGAGAGGUUCAGACCCACUUUUUAGUUUUCUUGUUUGAACAUUGUACCAGUGUUCUGUUAGCUUAGUAAAAAGCCCUCCUUUUAUAAUGACAUGUUAUAUACAUAUUGACUGUAGUUCAGUGUUACUUUAGUCAGCGUCUUCAUCUCAACAACCUUAUAGUCUUCCUAGUGACUGUACAUCUUACCAGACUGUAUUUCAGUGUAUUAUGUCUCAGGAUUGUCUUGUGUUGUACAUGGCUUUGUUUUUAUUGUAGCAGCUUGGCUUUUUGAAAAUGUAGCAUUUCUGACAUUCUAUGUGACCCUGUGUGUUAAUCUAUGGUCAACUGUAUUUCAUAUUCUUUAUACCAAGUAAAGCUGUUAUUCAUAUUGCCGUGUGACAUUGUGUCCGUCUGUGAUUGAAUUACAGCUAUGAAUGUUCCUACAGUAAUAAAUAGGUCUACCUGUGUGGUGAAA